UGCCUGCCGGGUGCGGCGGCGUAGCUAGCAAACCCGGUUUGCAAGCGGGGAUGGCGGCGUUAGCGGCGACUGCGGGCGGGCUGUUGAGGCUACGUGCGGCCGGGGCGGAAGGACAGUGGCGUCGGCUUCGAGGCGCGGGGCUGCUGCGGGGCUUGCUGCAGCUGGACUCGGCCCCUGGGGUUGCGGCGCAGAGGAGGCAUGUGGCUCACUUCACUUUCCAGCCGGACCCGGAGCCCCAGGAGUAUGGGCAAACUCAGAAAAUGAAUCUUUUCCAGGCGAUAACAAGUGCCUUGGAUAACUCAUUGGCUAAAGAUCCUACUGCAGUAAUAUUUGGUGAAGAUGUCGCCUUUGGAGGAGUCUUUAGAUGUACGGUUGGCUUGCGAGACAAGUAUGGAUUUUCAGCUCCGCUUACAUUGCCCACCUGUUCUUGCAUGUUGUCUACUUUAUCCAUUGGAACCCUUCACAUGUUCAUCAUAGUUGUUUUAAAUCCCUGGUCUGGAAAAGAUAGAGUUUUCAACACGCCGUUGUGUGAACAAGGAAUCGUUGGGUUUGGAAUUGGGAUCGCAGUCACUGGAGCGACGGCUAUUGCAGAAAUUCAGUUUGCAGAUUAUAUUUUCCCUGCUUUCGAUCAGAUUGUUAAUGAAGCUGCCAAGUACCGCUAUCGCUCUGGGGAUCUUUUUAAUUGUGGAAGCCUCACUAUCCGGGCCCCUUGGGGCUGUGUCGGCCAUGGGGCUCUUUAUCAUUCUCAGAGUCCUGAAGCUUUUUUUGCUCACUGCCCAGGAAUCAAGGUGGUUGUACCCAGAAGCCCUUUCCAGGCCAAGGGACUUCUUUUGUCAUGCAUAGAGGAUAAAAAUCCUUGUAUAUUUUUUGAACCUAAAAUACUUUACAGGGCAGCAGUGGAGCAGGUUCCUGUAGAACCAUACAGCAUUCCCCUGUCCCAGGCCGAAGUCGUUCAGGAAGGGAGUGACGUGACUCUAGUUGCCUGGGGCACUCAGGUUCAUGUGAUCCGAGAGGUGGCUUCCAUGGCUCAAGAGAAGCUUGGAGUGUCUUGUGAAGUCAUUGAUCUGAGGACUAUCCUACCUUGGGACAUGGAUACAGUUUGCAAGCACAACAAGGAGUCAGUCCUCCCAUCAUCUGGAACCUCUAUGAAUCAGCAUUCAAUAAAAAAUUACAAAGUAUAUGAAGAGACAGGACCAUUUGAUUCAAAACCAAGAGAAAACACAAACAAUAGAAAGCAGAAACACAGGUGAUCCAGUCAUUGGAGUUAGCAGACAAAGACUUUAUUAUGUUUAGGAAUAUAGGAGGAAGAAAAAGAACAAAAGAGGUAAGAAAGUGAAUUACCCUGGAGGGGUGUGUGUGUGUGUGUGUGUGUGUGUGUGUGUGUGUGUAUGAGAGAGAGAGAGAGAGAGAGACCAUUGUAGAACCAAAGAAAUAUUUGUCAAUAAGAACUCAGUGGAUGUGUUUACAAACUUAUUGGAUUUAGUAGAUGAUAAUAUUCAUGAACUAAAAGGCAAGUAUCUAGAAAAUGUCCAAACUAAAGCACAGAGAGGGGGAAAAUAAAAUAGACUAAAACAGAAGAGAGCAUAAAACACACUGGGAAUCUGGUCAAAAGAUCUGUCCCACAUAUGAUUGGAAUUCCAGAAGAAGAAAGGAGAAUGAAUUGGUCAGACACAAUAAAAAAAAAUAUUUCUCAUUAAACUUUCAAGACAUCAUCAUACUUGAGGAUUUGUGAACUUCUGAAGAUGUAUUCAAAGAAAACCACACCUACCUACACACUGGAAUGACAUCUUAAAUUGCUAAGGAUGCGAACCUAACAUUCUGUACCCAGUAAAAACAUACUCUUAAAGUUAAGAUGAAAUAAAAAGUACCUUAGGCAAAUAGAAUUUGAGAGAAUUUAUCACCAGCACAUUUUCACUAAAGGCAAUACUAUAAGGCAGUUCUUUAGGCAGAAGGAAAAUGAUCCUAGAAGACAGUCAGAAUGGGCUUACGUGGAGUUAAAAUAUUCUGUUGUUCUAGGAUUUUAAAUGUAAUAUUUUUACUAGAUUAUAGUAAGUUAGGGAUGCAUGUUGUAACAACUGAAGUAAUAGUGAAAGUAUAUAUCCAGCAAGUUAAAAAGGGACCUAUAGAUUAAUAAAGUAUUUGGUUAAACUAAAAGAAAGGAAAAUAUGUAAAAACAAAACAAAACAAAAACCUCCCCCCCCAAAAAAAACCCAAAGCAAAACAGGUGUGUCAGUAGAAAACAGAUAGAUGAUAGCUAUAAACCUAAGUAUAUAAGUAACUAAAACAAAUGAAUUAAAUCUAGUAAAAGCCAAUGAUUGUCAGACUUCCUUAAAGAAUAGCACCAAUGUCCAGGUUAAGAGAUAGAGCCUUUAAAUAUAGGGACACAGAAAAUGUGAAAGGGAUGAAAAAAAAAAAGACCUCUGGUAUAGCCAUACUAAUUUCAAAUAAAGCUUUUAAGGCAAGAAGCAUUACUAGAAACAAAGAACAGUUCAUAAUGCUGAAGGAAUCAAUCUACUAUGAAGAUAUAACAGUCUUUUAUUUUUUUUAAGAUUUUAUUUAUUUAUUUGACAGAGAGAGAGUGAGAGAGGAAGCACAAGCAGGGGGAGUGGGAGAGGGAGAAGCAGGCUCUCCGCUGAGCAAGGAGCCCAAUGUGGGGCUCAAUCCCAGGACCCUGAGAUCAUGACCUGAGCUGAAGGCAGACGCUUAACCAACUGAGCACUCAGGUGCCCCGAAGAUAUCACAGUCUUAAAUCUAUUAUGUCAUCGAUAGCAUAAAUUCAAAAUACAUAAAGCAAAACAAAAUACAAAACUAAAAGGAGAUGUAAACAUAUCCACAAUCAUAGUGGGAGACCUUGACACCCCUCUCUUUAAAACUGAUCAAACAAGCAGGUAAUAUCAGUGAGUAUAUAGAAGAUCUGAACAUUUAGCAAACUUGUCCUAAUUGUGUACUCAACUAUAUAAGAAAUUAUUCUUUCUUUUUUUUUCGCUGAAGAAUAAUUGACAUACAGUAUUAGAUUCCAGUGUAUAACGUAGUGAUUUGAUAUUUAUACACAUUAUGAAAUGCCACAAUAUGCCUAGUUCAGGUGAAUAUGGAACAUUUAUCAAAAUUGACCAAAUGCUAGGACAUAAAUAUAAUCUUAAACUUCAGAUAUUUGAAGUCAUUUAGAGUAUGUUUGGACAAUAGUAGAAUUCAGUUAGAAAUUGAGAAAAAACUGGAAAAUCCUCAAAUUCCUACAAAUUAAAUAAUUUACAUUUAAAUCAUAGAUUGUAAAAGAAACUGCAACAGAAAUUAGAAAAAUACUGAACUGAAGGGUUAUGAAGGUACUAAAAUAAAAAAUUUCAAGAUUCAGGUAAAGCCAUGCUUGGAGAGAGCUGUAUGGCUGUAAAUACAUAUAUUUAGAAAACAGGGAUAAGAACAAAAAAAUUAGUGAUCUGAAUUUCCAUCUCCAGAAAGAAAAUUAAAUCUAGAGAAAAUAGGAUAAAGGUAGUGAUAAAGAGCAGAAAUCAGUGAAACAGAAUAUAUAAUAGAGAAGUUUAAUUAAGUUAAAAUGAGAUCUUUGAAGAGACUAAUGUACUUGAUAAACCUUUAGCAAGACUAAUGGAAAAAAACGGCAAACACAAAUGACAAAUAUCAGGUAUGAAGAAGGGGAAAUCACAAAAUCUACAGACUAUAUACUAAGAGGAUAUCCUGAAUGAUUUUACAAAUAAGUUUUGGGUGAAAUGGACAGAUUCGUAGGAAAUACAAUGUUUUCAAAAAUAAAAAUUAGAAAACCUCAAUAGUCAUAUAUCAAACUGAAUCUGUUUUUAUUAAUGCUUAUAUAAGGAAAACCCUAGACCCAUAGGGCUUUACUGGUGAAUUCUUUAGAACACAGUUCUUACGCAAAUUCUUACAGAAAAUAGAACAAGAGGGAAAACUUCCAAAUGCUUUAUAUAAGGCUGGCAUAAUCUUCAUAUCAAAUCUGUUUUGGACAAUAUAUAAAGUAAAAUUAUACACACAUUUUAUGAACGUAGAUGUAAAAAUCAAAAUAUUGGAAAGUUAAAUCCAACAAUAUAUAAAAAGAUAAAGAUGAGGGUUUAUUUAAAAUAUGCAAGGGGUGUUUGACAUUCACAAACAUUCACACAGUGGUUGAUGCAAUUUCCCACAUGAACAGAAAAUGGGAAAAACAGUCAUGAUGAUCUUCAUAAUACAGAAAAACAUUUAUUAAAAGUCAAUAUCCAUUCAUAAUGAAAAUUUCUUAGUAACCUAGAAAUAGAAGGGAAUUCUACUAGUCUGAUAAAGAGUAGCUUUAUCUUGUAGCUAUGAAUAGCUGUAAAAAGCCUGCAGCAGAAAUUAUAUUUCCUACUGAAAUUUUGACUGCUUUCCUGUUGAGAUCAAGAAUAUAACAAGGAUGCCCUUACAUAAGGGCAAAAAUCAUAUGGAUUAGAAAGAAGUAAAACUUACUACUCAUAGGUAACGUGAUUUGUAUGUAGGAAGAUCUAGUGGAAUCUAUGGGCAAAUCAUUAGAAUUGAGUUUACCAAUGCCCCUGGAAACAAGGUCAAUAUAAAAUAAUUGUAUUUUUAUAUACUAGCAACAAAUAGAAAAUAAAUUGAUAACAUUUGAAAGAGCAUCAAAAAAUCAAACAUCUAGGGUGAAAUUGAGUGCUGCAUAUGUAACAACUGUGCAGAAAAUCCCAAAACAUUAUUCAGAGAAAUUAGAGAAGAUGCAAGCAAACUGAAGCGCACAUACCCUAUUAAUCAGUUGUAAGGCCAAGAAUAGCCAAGGCAAUCUUGAAGAAUAAAGCUGGAGGACUUAGUUAUCCAAUGUGUUAUAAUCAAGAUGUGUUGUAAGGUUAUCGUCAUUACAGCAUUGUACUGGGGUAGAGAUAGACCACUGUGCUGCCAUUGAUUAAUUUCCUUGAAUUUAUAAUGUAGUGAGCCUUUUUAUAGACAGAGAGAGCCUUGGUGUGCUCUGACCUGGAGGAGGUUUUUUGGUCAUUCACCCAGAAACCCAUACUCCUAAGUAGUGCUGUUCUUCUCAAGCUCCCCAAGAAUAAGAACCACGGCUAAGUGUUGAGGGCUUGAAUAGACUUUCCUGCUGAGAUACAGACCACAUUCAAAGUGAGUUAAAAAGCGAGCUACAAAGUUAAAACAGUGGCCAGGCACAGAGUUAGGCUUGAGGUACUGUCCAACUUGAAAUUUUUUUUUUUUUUUUUUUAAUGUGUAGAAAUUCAGAGAAGCUCCCUAUGGAAAAGAAGAACUUGAUUUUGGCAGGAGAAUGACAGUCUUUGAAAGAAACUCAGAAUUCAAGAAUAAUACUGUCCUUCAACUUAAAAUCAACUACAUACAACAGUCCAAAAAGGAAAGAAAAAUGACAGUUUACAAGGUGUAGGUGAUUUCCACAUGUUUAUAGAGAGCAUUGACACAGAGCUUUGACACGCUUAUACUUUAUUUGAAAUUAAAUUAUGCUAAUUAUUGAAAUAAAUAAGGGUUUGCCUUUAUACCUUGGAGCUGUUUUUGAUUUCUCUCUUUCUUUCAUCUUCUGCCUGCCCACAUUCAAUUCUAAAGCAGAUCCUGCUGGCUUUGCCUACACGAUAUGUCCAAAAUCUGACCACCAGCUCGAAUGCUGUUACUCUUGAUCCUGGCCCCAGCUGCUAGCAUUUCUCACCUGGCUUUUGGCCAUAGCCUCAAAGUACUGUCUCACUUCUGCCCUUUCCGUGUCAUAGGCAGAAUUGAUCCUUUCAAAUGCAAGUCACAUCAUGUUCCUUCUGGUCUCAAAAGGCCUCAAUAGUUUCCCAUUAAAUUUAGUGGAAAAGUCAAAUUUCUUACCAUGAUCUACAGGGAUUUACCUUGUCUCACCACCUUCCACAGCCCACCACCAUCCACCCUUCAGAAACUGCUCUUCAUUGACUCUCAACCAAGUGACUGUUAGGUCACCACUCAAAUACCAUUUUCUCCUUCAAGGCCUCUGACCCACUUACUUAAUACUGGAUACCAUCCCUCUCACCAAGACUCCCUUUUACCCCUCCUUCCUUUUUUUCUAGAGAGAUGAAAUGAUCUAACAUAUUAUGUAACUAUAUUGUCAAUUUUUCUUCCCCCAUUAGGAGGUAAGUUCUGUGAGGGUAGGGGUUUUUGUCUGUUGGCUUACUGAUGACUUCUCAGUACCUGAAAAAAAUGCCUGACUUAGGUUUGGUAUUCAGUAGAUAUUUGCUAUGCAAUUAUUAUGAAUAUCAGCAAAAGAAAGUUUGAUGAUGAAACUGUUUAAAAUUGAAAUAUUUUGAAUUUGGUACUUUUUCUUAUUCUUGGUGCUUAUGCAAAAGUUUAAAAAGUACUCUAGAAUAUUGCUUUAUG